CUCUUGGGUCAAGGCAUAACCAAAGAAAGUGUGGAGCUGUUGGAUGAAACUCCAGCUAUCAUAUCUUCUGCAGCAGCAAUUCUUCGGCUCUGGGACGACUUGGGAAGUGCAGAGGAUGAGAAUCAAGAUGGGCACGACGGCUCAUACAUACGGUGCUACUUAAACGAUCACCAGGGCUGUUCGAUUGAGGACGCAAAAGAAAUUACUACUAAUUUGAUUGCAGAAGAAUGGAAGCGCCUGAACAAAGAAUUGGUGUCUCCUAAUCCGUUUCCAGUCGCAUUCACCAACGCUUCCCUUAAUCUUGCAAGAAUGGUGCCAUUGAUGUAUAGCUACGAUCAAAACCAACGUCUUCCCUCGCUUGAGGAGUAUAUGAGAUCGAUGCUGUAUGAAACUGAAUCUGUGUAAUAUAUAUUAUUCUUCGUUUCUGGUCAGCUGUGUAAUUUAUAUAAAGAAAAUAAAAUGUUUAUGCAUCG